AGACCGAAGAUGGCGAACGAGAGAAACUACGUUAGCUCCGAAAUGGACAUUACACAGUCAACAGACGUGAAAGUAAUCGAUAGUUUCGAGGGAAUGGCUUUGCGAGAGGAUCUGCUGCGGGGCAUCUACGCCUAUGGUUUUGAACGCCCUUCCGCUAUCCAACAACGAGCAAUCACGCCAAUCGUGGCUGGACGCGAUGUUAUCGCUCAGUCACAAUCGGGUACAGGGAAAACCGCGGUAUUCUGUAUCGCGAUGCUCCAGGUGCUUGAAUCUGCAACCAACGAAACACAAAUGCUGACGAUAUCCCCGACACGUGAGCUUGCUGAGCAGACGCAGAAGGUAUGUUUGGCUCUCGGUGACUACAUGAACGUGCAGUGUCAUGCUUGUAUCGGAGGCAAGUCAAUAGGCGAGGAUAUUCGUCGUUUGGACUACGGUGUGCAAAUUGUUAGCGGGACGCCUGGGCGUGUCUUCGAUAUGAUUAAGCGACGUAACCUGCGGACCAGGAAUUUGAAGAUGUUGGUCAUCGAUGAAGCCGACGAAAUGCUGAAUCGGGGUUUCAAAGAACAGAUAUAUGAUAUCUACCGCUACCUUCCACCGUCCACACAGGUUGUUCUCAUAUCUGCCACUAUGCCGCAGGAGGUAUUAGACAUGACUCGUAAAUUCAUGAACGAGCCCGUACGUGUUCUCGUUAAGCGUGAUGAACUCACCUUGGAGGGAAUCAAGCAGUUCUUUGUGGCGGUUGAGCGCGAGGAAUGGAAGUUUGACACGCUCUGUGAUUUGUACGACACACUCACCAUCACGCAGGCUGUCAUUUUCUGCAACACAAAGCGCAAAGUUUCUGCAAUGCAUGGUGACAUGCCUCAGCGGGAGCGUGAUGCCAUCAUGGCCGAGUUCCGGGGGGGCGCGUCUCGCGUUUUGAUUGCGACCGACAUUUGGGGCCGCGGGCUUGACGUUCAACAAGUGUCUCUCGUCAUCUGCUAUGACCUACCCAACAAUCGCGAGCUAUACAUACAUCGCAUUGGGCGCUCUGGAAGAUUUGGCCGCAAGGGUGUUGCAAUUAACUUCGUAAAAAAUGAUGACGUUCGGAUCCUCCGGGAUAUUGAGCAGUACUAUUCGACUCAGAUUGAUGAAAUGCCCAUGAAUGUCGCAGAUCUCAUCUAAAUCCCGGCUGUCGUAACCACCGGCUGGAUGGACACUCACACCUGAUGAUCUUUGGCGAGUGCCGUAGGCUCCCAAGACCUGCCGCAGAAGUACCGUGGACAUACUCUGUGGACUUUUGGACGGGACUUCGGAGGCGGACAGUCACAAUUAUGUUCUCAGAUAUGCGAUGUGCUUAUUGAGGCCCCAGUCCUCCGGAUACUAAGCCUGGCCCUCCAGGUGCUGAGCCUGGCAACGCAAGGCGGCAAACUGGAAUUGCCUGCCCUUGUGCGGCCAAAGCCCCGGCGAAAGCCCCGUCCUGUACAGCGAGGCCCGUCCUACAAACGCCGAAAUCGACGCUAGAGAGCAAGGGUGCUGGUAUAUGCAGGAGCAUGCUCAGACGAAGUCUUGCAAACGUCCGAAGCUCCCCGGGUCGUCUUUGUGUCCGAAGUACGAUGCUGAUAGCAAGAUAGUAAACUCCGGGACAGGG